CCAGAACCAACUAGGGUUUUUGUUCUUCUUUUUCUUUCCUUUGUUAUUCUAUCAUUCGCCAUUAGAGAUAUCCGAUUAAACCACAGUUUUGUCGUUCACCAAAUCACAAUCAUAAUCUAGUAAGUUUUGCCGUAUACCUUUUCUGGGGAUUAGAUUUUGUAAAGAUUAAAAAAAAAAAAAAAAACUCAAUCAGGGAAAGAUGAGGCCGAUACUGAUGAAAGGCCAUGAGAGGCCCCUGACAUUUUUGAAGUACAACAGAGACGGCGAUCUUCUAUUCUCUUGCGCCAAGGAUCAUACUCCAACCGUCUGGUUCGCCGACAAUGGCGAACGCCUCGGCACUUAUCGUGGCCACAACGGAGCCGUCUGGUGUUGCGAUGUCUCCAGGGAUUCGUCUUUGCUGUUAACUGGAAGUGCGGAUCAGACAGCAAAACUUUGGAAUGUUAAAACAGGGACUCAGCUGUACACUUUCAACUUCGACUCGCCAACUAGGUCUGUUGAUUUUGGAGUUGGUGAUAAACUUGCUGUCAUAACAACUGACCCCUUUAUGGGAUUGCCUUCUGCAAUUCAAGUCAAACGAAUUGCCAGAGAUCCUGCUGACCAGUCCGGUGAAUCUAUUCUUGUACUCAAAGGCCCUCAGGGAAGAAUUAACAGGGCUGUUUGGGGACCUUUGAACAAGACUAUCAUAAGUGGUGGUGAAGAUUCUGUAAUACGUAUCUGGGAUUCUGAGACUGGGAAAUUACUCAAAGAGUCUGACAAGGAGGCUGGUCACAAAAAAGGCAUAACAUCGCUUUCAAAAUCCAAUGAUGUGACGCAUUUCGUCAGUGGUUCUCUUGAUAAGUCAGCUAAACUGUGGGAUAUGAGAACAUUGACACUUCUGAAGACCUAUACAACUGAACGUCCUGUGAAUGCAGUUGCAAUGUCCCCGCUUCUUGAUCAUGUGGUACUUGGAGGUGGUCAGGAUGCAUCAGCUGUUACUACCACUGACCAUCGUGCUGGAAAGUUCGAGGCAAAAUUCUAUGACAAGGUUCUUCAAGAAGAGAUUGGAGGUGUUAAAGGUCACUUUGGGCCAAUCAACGCCUUGGCAUUCAAUCCUGAUGGAAAAAGUUUCGCAAGUGGAGGUGAAGAUGGGUAUGUGAGACUGCAUCACUUUGAUCCAGACUACUUCAACAUCAAGAUCUAGACUAGAAUCGUCAAAUUAAGGGAUCUCCUUUCUCCAACAGCUCUUGUAGUCUAAUGGCCAACAAUUUUGCUUGUGGAUCUUACUUAAAACGCUCUAGUCUAUGGAAGCCCUGUAUUCGUGAUUAAUCUAUUUUACAACUUGAGGAAACCGUGCCUAAAAAGAAAAAGGAGAAGCUAUAGAGAACUGUUUUGCGGUUUCGGAGAACUUUUUUUUUUUUGGGUCUCGAGUAUAGAUUAUGUUCUAUCUAUCCUCUGUUUGUAAGAAAGAGUUGCUUGUUAGAGAAGGAUUUGGUAUUAUUAAGUGGAGCGGGCAUCACAUUGUGAAAUGCCAAUAGAUUGAUAGUAAAAAUUAACAAAGGAAUAUUUGACAA